UUGAGAAAGGGAGAGAGUGAGAGAGUGAGAGAGAGAGAGAGAGAGAAAGGGAGAGAGAGAAAGAGAAAGACAUCCGAGAAUCUAAGAAUCCCCACCAGCGCUGGACACAGCCACCAUGAGAUCCAAAGGGAGGGCUCGCAAACUGGCCACAAGUGAUGAUGGGCUGUAUGAUGGGUACUCUGCGGUUGCACCAGUAGAGGAGCUGAAUGCUGAUGAUGAGAUAGGUCCUCUAUCCCUCAGUGCACAUGAUCUUUCCUCACCUGCCACAUCAAAUGAAGACUUCACACCAAAGGAUGGCUCCCCCUACAAAGCUCCCAUAUAUAUUCCUGAUGAUAUUCCCAUUCCACCAGACUUUGAACUCCGUGAGUCAAGCAUUCUAGGUGCCGGAUUAGGAAUAUGGACUAAAAGAAAGCUCGAAGCAGGUGAAAGACUCGGCCCUUUUGUUGGAGAAGAGCUAUCGAGCUUGAAGGAUCCUUCUCAUGGCUGGGAAGUCUUGGACGAGUUAGGCAAUGUAAAGUUCUGCAUCGAUGCCAGUCAGCCUGAUAUAGGGAGCUGGCUCAAAUACAUCAGGUUUGGACGGAGCUAUGAACACAACCUAGUUGCAUGCCAGAUAAAUGAUCAGAUUUUUUACAGAAUUAUACGAGACAUUAGCCCUGGGGAGGAACUCUUAGUGUUGAUGAAGAGCGAAGGCUACUCGCAAGAAACAAUGGCUCCAGAGAUACAUGAGGAGCGUGAGUAUCGGUGUGUUGAGUGCAAUAAACUCUUCGAAUGCAAGGCUGAGCUGCUGGACCACCAGAAGUUUACCUGCAACAAUUCUCCCACCGCAUUUUCUAUGGUAAAUGAAGACUUCAAACCAAAGCUGAACGGUGAAGAUGAGCUUCAUGAGUGUAAAGAGUGCGAUGGUGUAUAUCCAGAUGCUCAAAGCUUGGACAGACAUCUGCUGACUCACACAGAGGAGCGAGAGUACAAGUGUGACCAGUGCCCUAAAGCCUUCAACUGGAAGUCAAAUCUUAUUCGUCACCAGAUGUCACACGACAGCGGCAAGCACUAUGAGUGUGAAAACUGCGCCAAGCAGGUUUUUACGGACCCCAGCAAUCUACAGAGACACAUUCGUUCUCAGCAUGUCGGUGCCCGGGCCCAUGCCUGUCCAGAAUGUGGAAAGACAUUCGCUACUUCCUCAGGUCUCAAGCAACACAAGCACAUCCACAGCAGUGUCAAGCCAUUCAUCUGUGAGGUUUGUCGCAAAUCAUACACACAGUUUUCUAAUCUAUGUCGCCAUAAAAGGAUGCAUGCUGACUGCAGAACGCAAAUCAAAUGCAAGGACUGCGGUCAGAUGUUCAGCACGACCUCAUCAUUAAACAAGCAUAGACGAUUCUGUGAGGGCAAGAAUCAUUUCACCACGGGGGGAUUAUUUGGUCAAGGCAUUACCCUUGCAAAUGCUCCAGCUCUGGAUAAAUCCGGUUUGGUUAACAUGAAUCAUAGCAAUCCUGGUCUUGCUGACUAUUUUGGUGCAAAUAGGCACCCAGCUGGACUAACCUUUCCAGCAACCCCUGGCUUUCCAUUUAACUUUCCAGGUCUGUUUCCCUCAGGGCUUUACCACAGACCACAAUUGAUACCUGCUAGCUCACCAGUAAAAGCACUAUCAAGCACUGAACAGAACACCAAACACCAAAGCCAAUUGUUCACAUCAUCCCAGAUGCUACCGACCACACCGGACAUUUUGAAAGCCGUAAAUCGACAGUCAUCCUCAGAUGACGUUCGGCCAGUUGAGGUUCCACCUGAGAAAUCAUCUGAGGAGAAGCCACAAGGUAAAAACAGUGACCAGUCGGAAAGCAGUGACCUCGAUGAUGUCAGCACACCCAGUGGCAGUGACCUGGAGACAACAUCUGGAUCUGAUCUGGAAAGUGACGUUGAAAGUGACAAAGAGAAAAAUAAAGAAAAUGGCAAAACUGCAGGUGACAAAGUAAAUAGCCCUCAGAAAUCAGUCCCUAUAAAUAACAAUAAGAAAGAUUUUUCCAACCACUCACUCUUUUCCCCUCCACUGGAUGAACAGAUUGCUGUGACAGGAGCUGUUAAUGAUUCGAUUAAGGCCAUCGCUUCUAUUGCAGAGAAAUACUUUGGUUCUACUGGACUUGUUGGCAUGCAAGACAAAAAAGUAGGGCCAUUGCCAUACCCUUCCAUGUUUCCUUUUCAAUUUUUCCCUGCAUUUUCUCAACCAAUGUAUCCAUUCCCAGAUAGAGACUUAAAUGCUGUACCUUUAAAAAUAGAGCCACAAUCACCAAGUGAGCUGAAGAAGCUACGGAGUGGAAAUCCUGAGUCACCAUUCGACCUCACCACCAAGCGCAAAGAAGACAAACCAAUGCCAGCUGUGACCUUAAAGCCACUGACUUCCCAUUAUUCCAGUGAAGAGCAACCAUUGGAUUUAAGCAUGAGCAGCAGAAGCCGAGCCAGUGGAAGCACCCAGGUAGAACCACGGAAAAACCAUGUGUUUGGGGAAAGGAGGGACCCCUGUGUUGAGCAAGCCAAAAGCUCAGACCAUUCCCUGCAGCAUGCCAAACCAACCCCUUUCUUCAUGGAUCCUAUUUACAGUAGAGUGGAAAAAAGGAAACUUUCUGACCCAGUUGAAGCACUAAAGGAGAAGUACAUGAAGCCUGCUCCAGGUUUCUUAUUCCAUCCACAGUUCCGCUUGCCUGAUCAGAGAAUUUGGAUGUCAGCGAUUGAGAACAUGGCAGAGAAGCUGGAAGGUUUCAGUUCACUGAAGCCAGAGGCCAAUGACCUCCUACGGUCUGUCCCUUCAAUGUUUGAUUUUAGGGCUCCCCCUUCCGUCAUUCCUGAAAGCCUACUGCGAAAGGGGAAGGAGCGGUAUACCUGCAGAUACUGCGGUAAGAUUUUCCCAAGAUCUGCAAACCUGACCCGGCAUCUUCGGACACACACUGGAGAGCAACCUUACAGGUGUAAAUACUGUGAUCGCUCAUUCAGUAUCUCUUCCAAUCUGCAACGGCAUGUUCGCAACAUUCACAAUAAGGAAAAGCCAUUCAAGUGUCACCUGUGUGACAGGUGCUUUGGUCAACAGACCAAUCUGGACAGACAUCUGAAAAAACAUGAGAAUGGAAACAUGUCAGGUACUGCAACAUCUUCACCUCAUUCAGAAAUAGAUAGCAGCAGUGCCAUUCUGGAUGACAAGGAAGAUUCCUACUUUACAGAAAUCCGGAAUUUCAUCGGAAACAGCAACUACACUGAACGUUCCCCAGGGAACUUGGAGGAGAGAAUCAAUGGAAGACACAGUGAGGAGGAGAAAGCCCCUGUGACGAGUCAGAAAACUCAUGAACUGGAUGAUGAUGAUGAAGAGGAAGAUGUGGAACUAGAAGAAGAGGAAGAGGAAGGAGGAUGUAACAUGUUGAGAAAGCCGGUCAAUGAUCCGAUUGCUUUUAAACUGGAUGGCGGAAACCAAGAUGGAAUUGAAUAUGAUGAGCUGAGGAAGCCGGAGCAGAACAGCAAGGACUCUCCCAGCAGUUAUAAGCAAGAGGAUAUGAGACUUCAAACCAAGAGUAGCCUUUCCGCCCUGGAACACAUCCGGCACUUCACAGACAGCCUCAACACAAGGAAAGCCGAGGGGAAUCAGUUCAGUGAGGCUGAUCUGACCACGUACAGCACUACCCACCUGUCUGAAGAUCUGAAGCAGCCUUUAUACAGGAAAUCCAAGUCACAGGCAUAUGCCAUGAUGCUCUCUUUGUCCGACAAGGAAUCUAUCCAUUCCGCAUCUCACAAUGCCCCCAACAUGUGGCACAGCAUGCCAAGAGCAGCGACGGAGCCAAGCACCCUCCAGUCUAUGAGCCAUGUAUGACACUUUGCAAUAACCGGAUGGGACCAAGUCCAGCGUCAUACAUAGCAUGGCAUUUUCUGUUCCUUUUUAUUUUUACCCUUUCCUUUGUGUCUAUUUAUAGAGAGAGACUCCUGAGCAGAACGCCUUAGAAAUCUGCUGGGUCACCCCAAUCGGAAUUUUGUGACCUUAAACUGACAGUUUUAAAAAAAAAAAUGAAAUUGUAUUUAUUCUCCUAGUAUUUUGUUUUGCACAGCGAAGGCAGCUGCGUUGUUGUGAGGAUCAAUGCGACACAAAGUAGUUCAACUAGGAGCUGGGAGCUCACGCCUCAGCGGCACAAGAGAGCGUCUUCCAUUGUACUCACUGGGAGAGGGUUUGACCAUUUUCAAUGUAUCCUAGCACUCGAUUUAUUGAAAACUAAAUCAUUUGUAUAAAAUUCAUUUAAUGGGGGAGGAGGGGAGAUUGGGUGACAUUGGCUCUUCCUGUACAAAUUGCUAUUUGCAUUAGUUUUGUGUUCUUUUAAGCACAAAUCAAUUAUUUUUUUUUGUUGUAUAAUUAAAGCAAUUCAAAGUUCACUUCGUAACAUACCGGUUCCUCACUGAAAACCAGCAAUCUGCUUCCACAAAUAAAUGUCCCCCCACCCAAAUUUUUCAAAUUAACUUUAAUUUUAGACAAUCAUUUUUUUAUAACUUUUUAUUAAAAGUGUGUGUAGCACUGUGCUAUUUAUUUGUCUGUUUAACAAUCUCGCACUGUUCAGUCUACACACAAACAUACACACGUACUCACAGGUGCUUUAUAUCACAGGUUGAGAUCUAUGAUUCCAAGUCUGGGUUAGGGAGGGAUGGGGUAGGAUGAGGAAGGGAGGGGAAGGCAAUGGAUAUACACGAGUGCCAAAUAGUGUUGUAAAAAAAACAAAAAAAAAUCAUUCGAUCUUAUGCGUUUUAAUGAAUCUGCCUAAUGAAUAGACUUUACUUAGUUUGUUUUGUUUAAUACAAUGAGCUGAUUCAAUUGUAUAAGCAGUUAUGAUUCCUUCAUUACAGCAUGAUUCUUCUAAUUAGACCUAUACCUAAUAUUUUAAGCUGUUUGUCUGCUUGUGUGGUGUUUUGUUCCAGUAAUCCUAUUCAGUGGCAGCAAUUAAGGUAUAAAUGUGCCAAACUUAUGUUUUAAAAAACAAAAAAAAAAUUAACAGAUUGUAUUUCUUUUAUUUCGCCAGUUGUGGCGGAGCAGAUUCGUCUUUUUUUUUGUUUAUAUCUGAUUUUGAAUAGCCAGCAAGUUGAGGUACUUUCUCUAAAUGCUUUGUACAAUGUAUCUGUUAUGCAUUUAAAUAAAAAUAUAAUGAGAGGAACAGCUA